AACUUGUCUUACGUGCAUGCUCGCAUGCAGAUGGGAUCUAAUCUAGCUCCUUUCCGCCUUGCUUCUUCUGUGUCACGUUGGAAAUCUAGAGUUCUGGGAAAAGAAGAAGGACAGCAGCUCCUGAAAAUGACGGACGAAAACACCAAGCCGUCGGUUUCGAUCCGGAAGUAUAUCAAAUGGGGUGACGCACCCCCGUCCGAACCCACGUCAACCUUGGUCCUCACCUCCCCGCAAAGACGAUUCGUGGACGUACGGCUCCUGCUGCCUCUCCCUUCGGUUUCUGAGAAACAGCUCGACUGGGCGUUUGCAGGGACGUCGGAGCACAAUGCUAAGGAAAAGCCGCCGCACUCGGUUUUCAGGCAUUGGGUCGAUUCGCGGUAUGUGGAUGCGGAGAAGGUGAGCGAUGAGGGGGAUGUGUUUGAGGGGGAUGAAGGGACCGGGGUGCGGGGGGAAGUGUUGGAAAGGGGCAAGAUGGAGAACCCGGAUAGUGGGAGGGUGGAGGAGUAUGAGGAGUGUUGGGUUGACGGGUUGGAGAGGGAUGGGAAGAUGGGAGUAGGGGGUUGGGUACUUAGGUUUGAGGAUGGGGAUGAGAAAGAUGGAAGGACAAGGGGAAUGAUGGUUAGGAUUGGGGAGGUGGUGCAGGGGAUUUUGAGGAUUGGUGGGGAGGUUGGGGUGGGGAGGUGGAAGAUUGGGGCUCAGGGGGGAGAGAGGGAGAGGGAGUUUGUUGCUGAGAUUGGGAAAUGUGAGGAGUUUCCGACGGAGGGUUGGGGGGAGGUGAAAUCAGUUACCGGUGGAAUAUCAUGCACUCUCUACGUUACACGGCUUAUUCAGAGUGAGGGUUAUAAGUCUAUGACGACGUUCAAAGGAUGUGAAUGUAGGGAUUCGCAUACUAAGUGCUUCUGGACGAUGAUAGUAGUUACCAAUUACUACCUAGCAGGGAACGGACUGUAUGAUAUUAGAGCCAGAAAGGCGCCCGUCUUGGAAGUGGCAAAGCGACUACUUUAUAUUGAAAAUUUGAACCCAUGGGACAUUCUUUCCCUGGCUGCAACCACCAGUUUAAGUGAAGCUUCAUAUUCCAUGCCUCGGUCCCAGUCAGUUCUUACUGCGCUUGCGCUUCAAAAAGGGGGCUUCUGGGGUUCGCUAACCUCGGUCCAGUCCACUGGGUUUUCACGAUAA